ACUGUGACAUCACACUCUGCUCAGCCCUGGGCAGGGGAGGCUGCAGUGGGAGCAGGUACCAGGGUGGUGUGGGGAUGGCAGGGGUGCCCUGAAAACCCUUGCUUUAAGAUGAGAAGCUGUGAGCCAGCCUCAGUGUGUGACAAUGGAGCCUCCAGACAGUGUUCUGAGCUGCCUCAAGACUUUGCUGGAGGGUGUGAGCAGAGCUGUCAUAAAACAGAAACCAGAAGACAUUGCUGGGUUUUUAGCUUCCUAUUUCCAAGACUUUAUUGACUUCCAAAAAGAGAAUCCAGAUUUGGUUUUAACAGAAGUGGUUGAAAAAUUUGAUCUCAAGCAGGAAACUUGGAAUGAGGAACUGGAAGAGAAGACAUCAAAUUAUAAUGAGGCUUUGCUUUUUACUGAGUCCCAGAGAAAGGAAUCGUGUACAGACAGAGGGGAAGAUCCUCUUGAAGAUCUCACUUCACGUAGCUCCAGAAUAACUCUGUGCCCAUCACCAGCCAGUUCCACUCCAGAAAUUACACACCCCACUGGACCUGAAGGAGCUUUAUCCCCUGAGGGAUCUGAACUUGAGUAUGUGCCUUCUGACCCUGCACAGCUCCCUGCCCCUGUGGAAGACAGCAGCGAUUCUGUUUGUCUUGUGAGGGAUGUGGCAACCACUGUGCAGACUCUUCAGGAAGAUGUUUCUGCUGCCUCAGCAGCUGAGGCUUCUAGGUCACAACUAGGAGUGCGGCCUUGGUCUUCCAUGAGUGGAGAAGUAGGACCCUCAGACACCCAGAUCUUUGUCUUAACAACUGAUAUCAAUCAGGUUUCCUCAGUCUUCCUGCAGGAAGGACUCUCACCUCUUCCACCACCACCUCCUUGUAAAGAAGAGGUUGCUCCGCCUUCCUGUAGUGCAGCUGAGGCCAUCUCAACCACUGAUAAACUGAUAAUGGAUGCAGAGGUUCCUUCCUACAUGCAGCAGUUUCCAGAUAAAAUAAUCAUUUCCUUUAGUGGACAAGCUCUUUCUUCUGUAAAGCUGUCAUUAAAUGCAGGCCAGGUCUCAUUUCUGGUUGCUAAUGAUGCAGCGUUCCAGCCUGAGCAAACGGAAGGCAUAGCACCGAUGGAAUCAGCUGAGCAAGCUUGUUGCUUCAGAGUGGAAUGUUCCAUUCUGGAUGACAUGCUGAAGAACUGACACAACAGCUCUCAAAAUCGCUUAACAGCUGGGCAACUUUGAGGGUAAGACUUGAAAUGCUGGCCACAGUGAAGACCUGAGUGCAGAAGCGAUGAGGUAUCCAAUUUUUGCCCUUACCAUAAGAACCAGGCAAAGCACAGCCAAAAAAAAAGCAUUUCUCCUCAUCUGUGCAGAUGUCUCCAGUACCGCUGCCCUACCUGGGUAAUUCUAGUUGCACACAGAAUAAAAACAGAAAGCAUCUCA